AUGAAGCUCGACCCCUCACAACUCACUGCCUUUCUGGCCGCCAACUCAACCGGAGUCGGUGUUCUAGUAUGUCCCGGUGGUGGCUACAGCAUGAUGGCUCGAGGCCACGAAGGACACGACCCUGCCCGGUAUCUCAACACUCUUGGCAUCGACGCCUGGGUUCUUGAGUACACGACAGCCUCCAACAUGACCCCGCCACUAUAUCCAAAACCCAUGGAAGAAGCUCUCGGUGCCUUGGAUCUCAUUCGCCAAGAAGCCCCUGAUCUGAAGAAGCUCGGCAUUUGGGGCUUUUCAGCUGGUGGCCACCUUGCAGGAAAUACACUUACCAAUCCUACGACUAACCUCGAUUUUGGCAUUUUGGGAUACCCGGUCAUAACACUUGAGAACGACUACACACACGAGAACUCUCGAUACAAUCUUCUUGGAAACAAUCCUACCAAGCAACAGAUUGACGAGCUGUCAGUGCAGAAGAGAGUUUCUGACAAGACACCACCAACCUUCCUUUUCCACACUUCGAAUGACGGUCUUGUACCCGUUCAGAACACAUAUCUCUAUGCAGAAGCCAUGGCGAAACACGGCAGAUUGGCUCAUGUGGUGGUACUUCCUGACGGGCCUCAUGGGAUUGGCUUGGCACAAAAUGACCCUGUUAGAGAUUGGACUCCGGAGCUAAAACGGUUUCUCACAUAUUCGAUCUAG